UUGAAACCCUUUUCAUGUCGGUCCGAUACAGUAAGAAUGACAGUCGUGAGAGGCAUGCAGGGAUCCUAGAUCAUGAUCGAACCAGGAGACUUGCCGUAUAUGGCUAAUCCUCGACGUUUGAGUGGCUGAAAACACACAGGGAUGAUGCACAGACUCAUGCCGUGGGUGUGAUGGCGGCAUACCUAUCUGCACAGCGUCAUUGAGACGCUGUCGCUGAAUAUAAGUUCCGCCUUGUUAGCCAGCCUUUCCGUGAACUCAGACACCCAAGUGGAAGCUACUCUCGCCGGAGCACAACUUUUCAGCGGCCUUCAGACUCUGCCAGCUAACUCCACCGCCAUAUCAGGUAGCUUGCCUGUCAGUUACGUACGUAGGGGCGCCUGCUUCAGAAUGGAUUUUGCGUAUGCGCUUGUCACCUCCCUUCAACAUCGUCUGUCCCGCCCCUUGCAUCCUCACUGGUUCUCAUGUGCUGGGCAGAAGAGCACGGCAGGAAAUUUCUGCCCUUCGCUCCCGCUCGAACUUUGGGAGCUCGUGAUGGACUACAACGGCGACGACCUAGUCAGCCUCCGAGCAUGCUCUCUCACUUGUCAUGCUUGGGUUGCACGAGCGCGGACGCACCUCUUCCGUCGCGCUCGCAUCUCGACGUCAUCCCCCGAUCUACAAUCAACCACUUCGCUUCUAACAGCUAGCCCAGCUAUCGCCGCGUGCAUCAGGCACUUGACAAUCGACUUCGGAGGCGCGGAUACCCUCGCUGAUAUCUGCGCGCCGCUCAAACGCAUCUGCGAGCGGUUUCAGUCCGUUCAGACCUUGAAGUUGACUAGGAUCUCAAUGUACGCCUCGCUGGAGCUGUCCUUACUGCGCACGGUCCUCCCAAAAUGCACCACCCACCUAGAGCUCGGGAAGAUCGCGGUGACCCCGCAGUCACCGCUUCCCGAGCUGAUCUCUUCCUUCCCCGUCCUCCGGGGUCUAUCGCUCGGCGAUAGUCUCGUCAGCAUGCACGACACGGCCACUUGGGGGGCCGUAGGGCCUGUCUCGGCACGCCUCCGUGCUCCGUUGAGGACGUUACAUCUGUCUCUCGCCUUCACCAACCCCUCUAUCCUGAACUACGUCCAGUGGCUAGUAUCUGUACCCAACGCGCUCGAUCUCCGGACCCUCUCCGUUGCAUUCGACUACUCUGGCACGCGUAUCAACGCGCCCGCAUUACUCGGUCUACUCCUGGAGAACCUCUGCCCUCCACUGGACACGUUAGAACUCGCCAUGACCCGUGAUACCGACCUCAGCGUAAUGCCGUUUACGCUCGAGAGGGCUACUCGCCUCGCCAAUCUUCGCCUGCUAGUCCGCUUGAGCGGAUCGUGGACCCAGGAUAGCCCUAGUCAUGUUCGCAAUUGGGUCGCGACGCUACUCUCGCGCGUGCACUUACCCAGUAUCCGGACCAUCCACCUGGCUGUCGAGGACCCAGGCGAGGAAAGCUACCUCUUCCUCGACUGGGUGGAUGAUUUGGUCGAUGCAUUUUCACGGUACGACCUCAGCGGGCUCAUACACAUCACGUUCGAGUGCGUAGGCUCUCCUCCCGAGACUCAUGCCAAGGAGUUCAUGGAAAGGAGGCUGGGAUCUCUCCAGAGCAAGUACCAAUUCGAGAUCACAACGGUGAAGACAUCAGCUGCCUUCGGAUCCGACCUCAUGCGUACCUUCUGACUAAGUCGGUCAGUAUCACAAACACGAUAUAGCUGGUCUACGUCUACAAUACAUACUACUAGCCGAUGCCCGUGCUACGCUACGGACGUACGAACCUUUCAUUGUGCCCAUAGCUUAAUGCUGAACUGCCACUCAGCUAUAUAUACAUUCAGCAGGCAUUCCGGGGCAACAA